AAAGAACCUAUUUAAUAUAUAAUUGAACAUUACAUAAUUUUAGGAAUAAUCGGAAAGUUAAUACAAUGAUUAGUUGGGUAACUAGAGCUUUGUCGCAGGAGGUGCCGAAGUAACUUCAACACAAAUGUAUUAAAAAAAAAAAACUGCCAUAGCAACCACCUCACUGUGCCGUAGCAACCAUGGAGGAAGGUCGAGACUUCAUGGAAAAGAAAAUCCCACAGGAACAGCAAGAAGCGGUCAAAUCGCUACAAUCUUCCAACGCAGUACUCUUAGCUGAGAAUGAGCUCUUUGAAAGCUUUAUCAGCCGACUGGCUCAACAGGACCCAAUGACCCAGCCUGUGGGUCGAGGCGUCGUUGGAACCGUGCAACUGGAGGACAGGAGUCGACGCUGGACGCAAAGAUCUCAGGGCAACUUGGUCUACGGCCUCCUCCAGCUGACCUUGGGACAAAAAAUGUCUGUGGCACAAAGUGAAAUAGCAGCGAUGAUAAGAGACCAGCAGAAAGACAAGGAACAGUCGGAGAGAAUUCUGAACAACUACAAAGCCUCCCUUAAAGAAAUUGAGCUACAGCGAGCAGACAUCCGCAGGUACAAGAACGACUUGGAACACAAAGUUCUCAAGCCAAUGAAGAAGAUGUCAGAAAUGAAAGAACCAGGGAAGUUGCUCCAGUACAUCAGGAGUAAGGCCACCCAGUGUGACGUGCUAAAACUGAAGAUCCAAGGACUGAAGGAGAAGGAAAGGAGGCUCCACCACCAGCUGCAGGAGAAAAGAGAGCUGGGAAAAGCCGGGCUCGAGGACAUUUUCUCGGAGUGCAGCGAGCCCACAAUCGACAUCAAAGAACUUCAAGUCAAACAUUUGCAAGCGCAGCGUACGCUGCGUUCCCACAAGGUAGCUUAUGAGAAGCUUCAGCGUGUGACACAAGAGGAUGCACAGCUGACCAGUGACAUCACUAAAAGGAAGGAGAUGUUGGAGAAAAUAGAAGGGGACACACGACUUGCUCAACAGGAGUGUUCAAAGGCUGAGGACCAGAACAAGCGGCUGCGGCACCAGAUGUCAAUUUACCAGGCACCCGACGUCGCCCAGUAUAUGGACAUCAAGGAGAAACACAGGAGACUCCAGCAGAGCCUCCACACUUGGCAGAGGAAGGUUCGGAUUGCCGAGAUGACAUCCAAGUCUAAAUCCUGGAGCCAACACAGAAGCACUUGUGUCAUCAGUGCAGAAGCUGGAACUGUUGACAGGGAUUGUCCAGAUCCAGUGGAGCUGCCAUACAUAGCACAACAUAGCAAAUCUUAGAUUUACAGGACUUCCAGACUACAUUUUAGAAGAACUAGUAGAUUACAAGUCUUUUUUUUUUUUUUUUUUUUUUUGGGUAGUCAAAAACAGAAAUGUAAAAUGAGUCAAUGAAAUUCCUUUAAAAAUAUAAAUUCACAAGAUUCACUAUAUAUUUUUUUUUAAUUUAAAAUAAACAUUGAAUGAAAUAAAACCAAUUUUCCUAAUACAUUAAUCCCACCCAGAAAUCUAAAAUGUUCUUCAUAGUUGUUUAUUUCACUUUUAAGUGAAUUGAUGGUCAACUUAUUUUGUCAUAAGCCAUUCCAAGUGUAUUAUUCUGUAUUCCUCCCUACACAAAAUUGCAUUGUAUUUUUUUCUUUACUGAAAUGUAAGACUUGAAUUGAUUUUUCUUGCAGCAGCAUACAAAAUAAAUGUCUUAACUCUUACAGACAAAAACUCAAAUACAUUUUCUUUGGCAAAUCAUUUUUUUCUAUAGUAAUGAUUGCGAAUUUUUGUGAUAACUUAUUACAAACUGCAAAAUAUUACCAACAUCCAAAAUGUUCCAGUUAAAUGCUUGACUGUCAGUAAUGUAUCAAAACACAUUUUUCAUGCAGUGCAAAAAAAAA